CGCGCAGGCAGAAUUGACAGUUGUUUUUGUUUGCUUUAUUUACGUUUUAUCUAUUUCAUAAUUGUCGUAUGCUCGCUCAUUAAUGUUUUGAGAUAAGAUCUUGGUGGCGACAAACAUACAAAUGACUUCUCAGAUCUACAGUCAAAAGAAGUUCGUACCCACAGCGCCGGAGAAGGGCAGCUUUCCAUUAGAUCACGAGAGCUUGUGCAAGAAGCACUUCCUAAUCUACGCCAGCUGCUUGCGGCGCAACGAGAACGACAACGCCAAGUGCCGGGCAGAGGCGCAAGAGUAUUUAGGCUGUCGCAUGGACAACAAUCUUAUGGAAAAAACAGAAUGGGCGAAAUUGGGCUUUCCGGAAAAGACGCCACCAACGGAGAAGCAGCAGCAGCAGCAUCAAUCAAAUUGAGGCCAGAACGCAAUGUUCUCAUUGCGGCCACAGGCAGCGUGGCCACCAUUAAACUGGUACAAUUAAUAUCCGAACUAAGCAACGAAAAGCUGCCCUAUAAAUUUAACGUUAAGGUCAUUAUAACGGAGCAUGCCAAACACUUUUUUGAAUUGGAGCAGGUGCCGGAACAUGUGCCCAUUUUACAUAAUCGUGACGAGUGGCUAGCCUGGAACAAACGCGGCGACCCCGUGCUGCACAUUGAGCUGGGCAAGUGGGCGCACAUGCUGCUAAUUGCGCCACUUAGCGCCAACUCUCUAGCCAAAAUAGCCACUGGCCUUUGCGACAAUCUGGUGCUGUGCGUGGUGCGCGCCUGGGAUUUGGAGAAGCCGCUGCUCUUUGCCCCAGCGAUGAACACACGCAUGUACGAUCAUCCCAUAACGCGCGAGCAGAUUGAUAAGUUAAUCAGCUGGGGCUACAAGGAGAUACCCUGCAUUUCCAAGACCUUAAUGUGCGGUGAUACGGGAAAUGGCGCCAUGGCCGAGGUGUCCACAAUUGUGACAUCAGUCGUGUCCGCUUUUCAGUUGCCACUGUAGAUACUUUUUUUUCUGGUUGUUAACAAAUAAAAAGAUUUUGGUUUAUGUUUGAAUAA